ACACGUUCUGGUUUCUUCGAGUGGAAAAGUGUUGCUGUGCAAAAUCUAGCUAGAAUAGUAGCAGAAGAUCUGUCAGUCCAUAUAAUAAGUUUGUGUGUCGGAGCCACAGGACCUUCGCUGUUGUCGGUACGCUACGAUCUGCUAAGAUGACAGAGCUAAGGCACCGUGGAGCCAGAGACACCGACUCAGCGUUACAACAUCAGCCAUCAGAGGACAAGGGUUCAGACAGUGAGCUGAAGGUGGAAAAAGAUGGGGUGUCAGACAGCGAGUCCAAGGCGGACUCAGGGGUCCCAGAGGUGCCAGUCCCUCCUGAUGACACCCCUGAGGUUCUAAACAAGGCCCUGUCUGGACUCUCCUCAAGAUGGAAGAACUGGUGGGUACGAGGCAUCCUCACAUUAGCCAUGAUCUCCUUCUUCUUCUUCAUCAUCUACCUGGGCCCCAUGGUGCUUAUGAUGAUUGUCCUCUGUGUUCAGAUCAAGUGCUUCCAUGAAAUCAUCACCAUCGGCUACAGUGUCUACCACUCCUACCACCUGCCCUGGUUCAGGACGUUGAGCUGGUACUUCCUGCUGUGCGUGAACUACUUUUUCUAUGGUGAGACUGUGACAGAUUACUUCUUCACACUGGUGCAAAGGGAGGAGCCGCUUCGCAUCCUCAGCAAAUACCACCGCUUCAUCUCCUUUGCCCUCUACCUCACAGGUUUCUGCAUGUUUGUGCUGAGUUUGGUGAAGAAACACUAUCGCCUUCAGUUCUACAUGUUUGGAUGGACCCAUGUGACUCUGCUGAUUGUGGUGACUCAGUCUCACCUUAUCAUUCACAACCUGUUUGAGGGGAUGAUCUGGUUCAUCGUGCCAAUUUCCUGUGUGAUCUGUAAUGACAUUAUGGCCUACAUGUUUGGUUUCUUUUUCGGCCGCACCCCUCUCAUCAAGCUGUCGCCUAAGAAGACAUGGGAGGGAUUCAUUGGUGGAUUCUUCUCCACCAUUGUGUUUGGCAUCAUGCUCUCCUAUGUGAUGGCCGGCUAUCGCUACUUUGUGUGUCCAGUGGAGUUCAAUAAUGACUCCAACAGUUUCCAGGUGGACUGUGAGCCAUCUGACCUUUUCCAGCUCCAGGACUACGCCCUGCCCAGUGUCCUGGAGUCUGCCACUGGAUGGACCACAGUGCGCCUCUAUCCAUUCCAGAUCCACAGCAUUGCUCUGUCCUCCUUUGCCUCCAUCGUGGGGCCCUUUGGUGGCUUCUUUGCCAGCGGCUUCAAGAGGGCCUUCAAGAUUAAGGAUUUUGCCAACACUAUCCCAGGUCACGGUGGCAUCAUGGACAGAUUUGACUGCCAAUACCUCAUGGCCACAUUUGUUAAUGUCUACAUUGCUAGCUUCAUCAGGGGUCCCAAUCCCAGCAAGGUGAUCCAGCAGCUCCUUGCCCUCCGUGCUGAUCAGCAGCUGCACAUAUUCAACUCCCUGAAGGCUCACCUGACAGAGAAGGGCCUGCUGCCGGCGUUGGAGGAGGCCGCCGCCUAAAUCCGUACCGCACCCACACCGGCUUGCCCUGAAGGAGAUCUAGAAGACUCGCAGUGCUUUGUGCGAACGAGAACACGUGAGGGGAAAGAAAAAAACCCAACAACAAAGAAAACCACAAAAAACUACAGCCUUGGGUCAUUCCGUUUUAUUUGGGUAUGAGAGUUGUGUGUUUGUGCUCAUACGGUCUGUGAAUCGUUUCUGACACCAGUGUUUUCAGGUUGAGUUAGUGAGUUACUGUACUGUUACACAUUUCCAUUAUAGCCAACUUGUAUCUAUUCACACUGUUGAACAAAAUGUUGGUCAGCUAUACAUUUCUACCUGUAUACAGGAGAUCCUCUAUAUACCUAAUAAUGUGUGUUAAUAUUUUAUUGUACAUUUUUGUAUUGUUUUAAUGCACUGCUCUCAAACCCGUUACUCACUGUAUUGCUACUCCAGCUGCACCCUCCCCCAAAACUUAAGUUUUAAUUUUCUUUGUUGUGAUUGUUUCUAUUUAUACAUAGAUGGUUUUUAUAUUUGGUAUGUUCUAUUAUAUCUUAAGGUCGUGUGUAUGUGUGUGUCUGUUUUAGUCAGACUGAAUUCACGUUUGCCAUCUGCCAUGUGCAUUUAUGUGCGUUUGUUUUUUUUUUUCCUGAGUUUGCUGCCAUUCAACAUUUCAGAGCCUCUCAUGCUUGGCCAAAUCAUUGUCAUCAUAUUAUUAUGUGCUAUCAAUCAGAAAUAUAAGCCUAACGACAAAGUGACAUUGAAGUAUUUGAUUGAAUCUGACACAGAAUUCAGCCACUGAGUCGGAUGAUUCCCAGCUGUUGGUGGUUUUGUGUGUUAGGGAGCAGUUUAGCGAAGCUCCAUUUAAAAAAAAAAAAAAAGGUCUUUUGUAAUGAAUGAAAGGAGAUCGAGGAGUGCGAUGGACACCAGCACAAUCUAGACACAAUCUCCCUUCGUCUGGUUACUAUUUCAUGGCAAAAGUAGGAAGGAUCUCAGAGAUUAAUUACAGCCAUGUUUUAUUAUUUUUUCUUUUUAGCUGUAACAAGGAGCUGUUGUAGGUUUUACACAUGCUCAGAAAGGUGGUGGGAUUGUUCAGUAUGGACUCAUUUUGUGACUUUGCUGUGAAGGCACAGUGAUGGUUUCUACACUGCCAUUAUCUGCCUCUGUGUGUUGUAACCUCGCCAUGUUAACGGCUUCAGAGCAGAAUAUGUGACUAUCACUGGUCUACUUGACCUGUUUGAGUGAAACGUUUCCUAUAAAGUGAGCAGUUGUGUUCUCAUGCAUCUGAUGUUUAAGUUGGAGUUUAGCAGUACAAUCAGCCACUGUACACACAGCAGUGUUUGUUCCCAGUGGUAUUUAUGCCACUGGUUUGUUUGAUUUGGUGGUAAAAUAUAAAAGCUGAAGCUUCUUUACUUCUGGGUUCAUUUCUGUUUUUUAAGCUUUCACAGUCCAGAGUUCUGUUUGGCAGAUGUUACUGGGGCACUGCACUGAUUCCUACACGUCCUCAGUGGCUCUAUAGAGACAAAAUAACCCUGAUAGUGUCAUUGUGUUGUCAUCAGAGUUGUCUGGGACUGAGCUUGGAGACAAAUUGUACCUGACAGACCAUAUUACAAACUGUGGUGUGCAAUUCCAGAAGUGUAGGUAUUUAUGUGGAGGGUCAAAUGAAAGACCCUAUUGAGAUGCAUCAUGGGAAGUGUAGUAUCCACUAAAUGUCAGGUUAUCUCGGCCUCUGCUGCACAAUUUGUCUUUUAAUCUCUCUCUUACAAGUUCCCCAACUUUAUGGAAGUACAGUACUAAAUUGCAGGAAUAUUCCAUUAAAACUAUUGUUAUUUUAGUCUGCGAUAAAUAUGUUUUAAUCCUUUUUUUUUUGCUUAUUAUUUAAACUGAGACUGAGCUAUUGGCUCCAUUUGAACUAAGCUUGUAAUUAAAAUGUCCAGCAGAUUUAAAAAAGGCUCAGAUUGUUCCGUGGCCAAGUAAAUCUGCCAAUAGUCAUUGAUUUCGAGUCCCUGGGUUGUUACAGAGAAGUGAGGAUGUAUAGGGACUAAACACUAAAGUAUAUUCAGCGUAAUAUGAGUCCAACUUUGGUCAGACAAAGAUUACACUGUAAUCAUCCUAAUUAAUUAAUUAUAAUUAAUCAUCUAAUCACCUCAUCCCAUUUGUGCACAUUCAUCAUUUUGUUUCUGUCCAGUCAGGUAAAAGAUUUCAUUUAUCCUCGUCAGUGAAGCCAAACGAACUCUGUGGAGGUCGAGUGAAGUACUGUAGCUGUUGAUGUGACCCAGACAGAGGUCUGUCUCUGUAUUCAGUGUUAUAGGACAAAACAGCAAUAUGAACAGUCACACAGUAGUCAGUGUAGCAGGGAUGUGAAGGUCAGUAGGUGUCUCUGCAUGGGGAUCAUAGACAACAUUAAAAACAUGGUGUUAUCUGUGUACAGCAAACCACUUUUUCACAAAUUUUGGAAAUUGACACCUUAAAUUUCCUCUCAUCAGACUCUGUCCUCUGUCCAUGUAUUUUAAAGGACUCAAAUCUUUUGUAAAUCAGAAUUUGCUUUUGUGUCAUUACAUUCAGUUUAUGAGAACUGACUUAGGUAUUUUGGGAAGCAUGGCUUUGCAUCUGGAUGUCACUCCAUUCAUAUUUUUAUUGAUGUCAUUCCAUUCAUGUCUUUGGUUUGACCUGUGUGAAAUCCAACCAAUCUUAACUUGAUCUAUCUUAGAAUAUUUAUUUUAUUCACUGUAAGCAAAUCAAACCUUUUCAAAGUUACUAUAUUGUACAUUUAAGAUAUGAUGAGUGUUCUUUAGUAUUUUUGUUUAGAGGAAUAAUUAAAGUAUUAUUAUUGCCAUAUAAGAAAGUGUAUUGAGAGCGCAGAAAAGAACUUUGUCUCUGUCUUUUCUUGCUGUGACGUUAGUGCACCUGGAUGUUCUCUCGGCUCUUCCCUGGUAGCUGUUUUGUGACUCCACUUCUGUGUCUAAGUGCAAGUUGAAGCAAUGCGGAUACUUGUAGCGCUGUGUUGCAUCGUCUCCUUUUGAGUAGACAGGAAGUUUCCAGAAAGUAAUGUGAGAACUGGUGUCUCAGCAGUCGCAGAUAUCUUACUUUUCUUAGGCGUCGCCCGCCUCUGCAGUGGUUUGAUCUUUGAGGUUUUUGCCCCGUUGCUCUGUACUGCCAUUUUCCUGUCUGGUGUUACAGACGGCCACUAGAGAGAGCUGGAGCUCAUGUGGUUGGCAUAUUAAGUGUAACACUGAUGCUGCAUCUGAGCAGAAAGGUUUGACCCUUUGUUACUGCUGUUCGAUACAUUCCAGUACCCCUAAAGCUGAGCUUUGCUGACAUGGAGGCAGAACAUGAGGGAUAAACAUACCACUGUUGCUUUUUUUUGUUUCAUGGCACCCAGGAAACUCCUCUGUGCCGUUUUUAAUCAACACAGUGCCACUUUGCUGUUGUGAAUCCUGCCCAGCCAGGACCCUCUAAGAGGAAUGUAUGGGAGUUGUGACUGUCCCACAUACUGUGUAGGCUCCCCUUUGUGGACAAUUUAUUUUGUGGUCAUAGAUUCUCUUAAAAAAAAAAAAAGCUGUAUGAUUUUAGUAUAUUAUUCUUAAUCUGUGCAAUGGUUUGUGUUAA